AUGUCUCAUAUCCCGUACCUGGGUUCACCGAACGAAAGCUGGCAGGAUCUUGUUGCCUGGGACGACGAAUUGUACGACCCUUUCUUCCAAGGGGAGACCAACUACACGGGCACUCAAGAGCGUAGCUACGUUGCAGGCCACCAACUAUCGGAAAGCUAUACAUCUGAGCCUGCGUACCUGGUUUCAGCGCCGCCCUCGAUCGCCGAUGAACCGCCUUCGCUCGAGUAUACUGUUUCUGCCCCACCAUCAAUCCUAGAUGGGCAGUCCUCGUUUGAACAAGUGCAUGGCACCUCUCUAUCCUUUGACACGAUCUCCACUUCUCCGCUCGUCGUACAAGCGGAUAGCCAGUACUUCGGAUCGUUUGGUGCCUGCGACAACAGUCUCCUGUCCCCGCUUGGAGUCAUCAGCGAUUCACCCAUUCUAGACACACGAUAUGAGCGUAUCCCGGAAUCCUUCACUUCGCCGGCAGGGUCUUUUGAGAGUACGGCUGAAACAGUGUUCAAUCCUCAUGUUGCGGACUCAUCCCACUCCUUCAGUGGUCUGGAUAUGAGACACUCCCGGCUGUUUUCGAACGUUGGUACAUGGGCAGAGCAGCCACGGAUCAUCGAACCUAUUGCAGAAGACGACGGAGGCAGAUCAGAAGUCGAACCUAUCGCAAUUCCCCAAUCUUUCCCACAGAGAUAUAGUUCGAUGCUGCCAUCCUAUCAGCGAUCAGAUGGCGAGUAUGAUCUACACAGUCGGAGCAGAGCCAUCGCUAUCCCGGAUACUACACGUGGACAAAGCGUCAGCAAUCGAGCUACAGCGUCUGUAUCGGCACGAAGAGCUCCUCCCAUGCUCUCGGUAUCGCCAGGCACUUCACGCUACCCUCGCAGUGUUGCGCUUUCCAGAAGCGCUUCGCUCUCUCGGCGCAAAGCCUCUACUCCAUCUCCUACGUCCGACGCCUACGGGUGGGUAUCCUACCAACCCAACCCACUGACCAAUCGUCUGGCCCCCACUAGUACAGAGGGUAUGUCAGGAAGAGCGCUAAAAGGACGAAAGAGAGCUCUCACUGCUGAGCAGCGCCAGCACGCAGCACUGAUGCGCAUUAUCGGCGCUUGCUCCAACUGUCAACGGCGGAAAGAAAAGUGCGACCCUGGUACUCCGUGCAGAGCCUGUCUUGAUCACUACAAAGGUGAUCUUGUCAACCACCCGUGUCGGGAUCAUACACUCAUUGAUCUGUCUGCUGCAUUUCUCUCUGACCGUCUCGGGUGGCAUCCGACCGCACGACCCUUGGAGUCGUUCGUUUCGGCUGGCCAAUUCAAAAUCUCAAAAGAGGUCACCCACACCAUUCCGUUGAACUUCGGCUUUGGUCCAUCAUUCCCGGUUUCAGUACACCCUGUGCAGCUCAACGGCGACGCUCCUCUGGUUCACGAACAUAUCAUUUACUCAUGGCCGCCACAGCCUUAUACCGGUUCACCACACGAGCAUGCCGUCCUACCAGCUGUACUAACAACUGAUGCGCAAUUCCAACUAACACAAACCCUCGACUCCCACUUGUCGCUACUAGUAGCUCACCACUUCCGCGCUUUCCCACUAUACUGUUCGCCGCUCCGAAUCCUACGCGACAUCUACGUCUUCUCCCGAUCCCUCUCGACAAAAUCUCCUCACUAUCGCAUACUUCACCAGGCGCUCAAGCUUCUCGUACUUGUCCACAUUGGCGGCGAUAUAACACUGCCAUCACGCUCUGAGAGCCCCAUGUUGGACCAAGUCAUUUGCAGUACGAUAAACAUACCCGAAGACCUGACUCCCACACCGUGCUUCAUCCGCUCGCAGUUCGGUGCGAUCAUGCCUGCUCUCGCUCUGAGCUUGAUGAAGGAUCUACUCACAUCACUGGAGCAACUUCUCUUGAACAAGAACUGCGAUGAAUGGCCUAUCGCCCUAGCUGUUCUCAUUACUGUCUUGAUGACAGUAGAAUCUAUCCACUACCACGCCGCGAAGCUACCGUACCACACCCGCUACGACUUCACGCGUCCAUCUACUACGGAAGAAAAUGCCGAGGUCGAUGAUCAUGGUGUCAAAGAGUUACUUGAGUUUUACAUCGCUUGCUUCUCUGGCUGCCACGCUAGACUCAGGCCGGACUGGGAGGGCGAGUCAAUGCAGUCUCACCAGACGGGCACACCCGAAGAUGUGUUUAUUCAAGGCUUACGCGAGGCUAUCAAGAUAGAGAAUACAUCUAGCUAUCUGAUCAAGAAAGCUAAAGAGAAGAGACGAGGUGCCGACAUGGGGUACUUUUUCGAUCGACUUGUUGCGCGCCUCUUCACUCCGAGGCAUUAG